CGCGGCGGCCUCUGCAUACUGCUCAUCGGCACUCAGCGUUGCAUCUCAUGAUGUUGUCACCUCGAUGGAAAUUAUAUCUAGGACAACGACGCUCUCCGAUGUGCCCACCAGUACUGUAACGGUCAUCUCGACCAAGUCGAUCGUGUCCUCAAGCACUGCAACCACUUUCACGACCUCCGCCGUCAGAACAGAGAGCAGAAGAGUAAGCAGAGUAGCAGCAUGCGGUCCAGCUGAAAACAUACUGUCUGGACUCGACAAUGCAGAGCUAUCAGAAGCAUGCUCUUGCAUCGGGGCCUUGCCCUCUGUCGAAGCAGCCAUGCUAGCAGUAUCACCUUCCACCACAACAAUGACGGCAGAAGUAUGGUCUACCGUGGCUCCUCGAGUAACCGAAUCAAGCACGCAAACCGUGUCCAUACAGUCUAUCAUAACAGUCGAAAAGGCAGCUCCCUCCUUUACCCAAGUCUGGGGUCCCAAAGCGGGUUGCGAUGACAUAGGCAUGGCCUCUGCACAAACCUUCAUGGUCGCAACAAUGACCGAAGAACAAGUCACGAAUAUUUGCAAAGCUACUUGCAUGAAACAAGCAAAUUGCGUGUUCCUUUACGUGCAAUCAAUAUAUCCAGCAAACAACUUCUGGAACUGCUAUAUCAAUACUCAUGGGUUUGAUGAGGAGAAAGACUUGGAAUGUAGCAAGGACACGUCGAUCUGGGGAAUGGCCAAGGGAUACAGUGUUGUGGACAGAGAGUGAGCGUUUCAUAUCCAUGUUCAACAUCGAGGCUGAGAAGGUAGAAGACCUGCUUGAUGGUGAUUCGUGAAGGUUGGUUGAGCAGGAGGAAGCGGCAUCAAAUCAAAGACAGUUGCAACAUUUAGCCGGACAAUGGUAUGAGCUGAAAUGGGAAGGAUUGCCGAACGACCCCAGAUUUGUUGACACGGACCCCUUUGUGCAUCAAUUAGCCAAUG